AAAGAGCGAAUGAUGGCUUCAAAAGAAAAAGUUGUUCGGAUUUCCUAUCAAGAACUCGAACAUUUGGCAAGCAAUCAGCAUGCCAAAAAUCCGAAGGUCCACGGAAACGAACCUGAUGAGCCAACCCAGGAUCAAGGAAAAAAACAAAGAAAUAGACAGAAACGACCAGACAUUGCAAUUUACCAACCACGCAUGAGAUUUCAGAAAAAGGAACAAGAAGAAGAUAAUACCAAAAUUGGAAAUGAUAAUAUAAAGCAACAUGAAAAAGAGGCAUCUGAACAUGAGAUUAAGAAAAACACUGAUAAACAGACUGACAGACAAAGCUAUUCAGACAGAGAGGGUUAUUUUUCUAAAGACUCUGAUAGUUCUACAUCUAAACAAAGCAGAGGCACAAAAACACAAGAUGGUGUGUCAAGAUCAACCAGUGACUCAGCAAGGGCAGGUAAAAGGGAUGAAGGUACACAUAAUGAAUCAAACGACACCACCUCAGUCUCAAAUAUCAAGAAAAAACAAAAGAGACCUCCUUUGCAAGUAUAUGUGCCCAAACCAAAAUUAAUUGCAGGAGAGAAAAAUUUGGAUGAACAAACGAACUCCACCGGAUUAGAAGAAACCCCAAUGGACAAAAAUCAAUCACCAAAAGAAUCUUUUCAAACUUUGGUAUUUGAAAAUUCUUCUUUUAAGAAAAACACAUCAAGAAAAGAAAAUUUUGACAAAAAGACACUGCACCAGCCACACAAAUCAAAAGAUGACAAUGAGAAUGUUUUUAGAUCUGGAAGUGACUCUGAAGAAGCUUCAGUUGAAAGGAAGGUGGACACUUCUGGGAUUAACCUCACUAUAACAGUUGCCAACGUGGCCUCACCAGAAUCACCAUCAAAAAAUAGACGCUAUUCUGCAAACAAACGAAGACCCAGGGCUACAAGCAAUAACAGUGAUAUUAGUUCAGUAGACAGGGACAGUUUUGAAGAUCCAUUAUCCAGCAGCAAGGAAUGGGAUAGUGAAAUAGAGAGAGAGAUUGGGAGAAUGAAGGUCACAGUCGAGGAUAAUGAUACAGAAGUGUAUCUGAGUAAUUCCCAGACAGAGAGAGAAAUGGUAAAGCUGAAAGAGGACUUAAAGCACAAAAGAGAUAACAGAGAAAGGAAGAAAAAUAAGCCUGAUAGAAGGGAACAUUCUCAUCACCAUGAACAAUCUGAAAAUGUUGCCAACAAUAAUGGAGCCAGGAGGAAAACAGUCUCUAAUGAUGAAAGUCAGUUUAAAACAGAUGCAUCUAAUAACAGGUUGAAAAAGCAAGGGAAAAAGUAUAAUGAAAAUGUAGAGGGGUCUCGGACACAAAAAGACUGGGGUUCUUUAGUAGAUGAAGCAGAGGAUGAAGAGAAUGAAGAAAUGCAAUCAAAAAAGAACAAACACAGAGGGCAUGUCACAUUUACCAAUGAUGAACCUCAGGUAAAGGUAAUUGAGAGAAAUAAAAGAAGUCCUGUUAGGCAGAGACAGCCACACCCGCAGCACCAACAUCAAAACAGACAUGGAAGGCUUAGACAGGACAGCCAGUCUUCAACCAGUUCUUGGGAUGAAGAUGAAUCCAACCCAGCAAGGACUGCAAGGGGCGGGGGCAUUAUCCACCUUCCCUUCCCAGGUAGUCAGCCACAGGCUUCAGAGCCAAACUACCCACAUCCACAACAGCGAGGGUACAUGCACAACAGAGGGCGAGGUGGCGGGAGGGGCAGAGGGCAGAGACAACUUUUUGAUCCUAAGAAUCCUAACAAGCCAAUUGUAAUAGAGCAGUCUCAGCCACAGCUUCACUUUCAUGAUCCCAAUGAGCCCUACUCCCCAGAGCCGCCCAGGGGAGGCUAUGGUGAUAUCAGACAGGUGCAGUACCCAGAAGGGUACCCCAGGGAGGUGGGGUUCCCAUACCCACCAUACCCACCUAUGGCAUAUUUUGACAGUGGAACUUAUCAUGAUGAUACUUAUUCAAGGGAUCCCUAUUAUCACAGUGGUUAUGAACAAGAGAUGAUGCUGUCUGGUAGAUCCAGGUCAGCUAACAGGAUGGCUGCAGAACAAAUGCUGAGUCAAGCCAUACCACUGGAUGGUCAGCUGGGAAACAUUCUGUCUAGGAGACUAAAUGCUGAGGGUGUGGAGAGAAUGAACCAAAUGAGACGUGAACUGCAGAGAUUAUAUGAGCAGGUAAUCCUGCUAGACCCAGAUCUAUCUAAUAGACACAAUGUUGAGCAGAACUUGUGGAAAGCUGUCUAUUAUCAUGCUAUAGAAAUGUUCAGAAAGCUGCUACAAGAAGAAGACCAGGAUGGCAGAGUAAAGCAGAAUCUCAUGGAUGUUUUGGAAGAGGGGUUAAAUUUUUACAAUGACCUCUUACAAAAGCUGCAGACAACAUUCAACUUCAAUCUGUCCAUCUUCUUAGACAGUAGCCAUCUUCCUCCUGAAAAUUUGUCUCGUCAUGUUAAGCUGGCUUUACUGAGCGCACAGAGGUGCAUGAUUUUCCUUGGGGACAUACACAGAUACAAGGAGCAAUCAAAUGAUGCUCACAACUUUGGAAGGGCCAGGAGCUGGUAUAUGAAAGCUCAACAUCUUGCUCCAAAAAAUGGAAGGCCAUACAAUCAAUUAGCAAUCUUGGCUCUUUACACAAGAAGAAAACUAGAUGCAGUAUACUACUACAUGAGAAGCCUGGCAGCCAGCAAUCCCUUCCUCACUGCGAGAGAAAGUCUCAUGUCUCUUUUUGAUGAAGCAAGGAAAAAGGCAGAAGUCACUGAAAAGAAAAAGCAAGCAGAGAAGGAAAGACUGCAGAGGAAGAGACAGCGAGAGAGACUGCAUAAUCAGGAGGAGGGUCACAGGGUUGAGAUCUGGAUUGCUCCGGAUGGGACCAGUUCUGAGGACAUGAUAGAUGAUGAGGCUGACAAUCUUCACCAGCUGUCUGCCAUUGAGUUGAACAAACGAUUCUCUCUGAGUUUCUUAAUUUGCCAUGGAAAGUUAUUUACUAAAAUUGGCAUGGAGACAUUUCCAGAAGCAGCAUCUCAAAUGCUGCAGGAAUUUGAGGUGUUACUGCAGCACAGCCCUGUCCCAGUGGGAGACAGCAGACUUCUACAGCUUAUUGUGAUCAACAUGUUUGCUGUAGACAGCACUUCACUCAAAUCAACAACAGUUGAAAAUGAGUGCAGGUCGCUGCUACAGGAACAAGCCAUCCAGCUUGGCUUGGACAUGUUUGGACUGCUGUUGGAGAGGUGUGUCCAGCUGUAUAGGGAUCACCUUUCAGAGUCCACAAGCCCAGAAGAUCUCAUGAAUGAAGACUUGCACCAUUUGCUGCCCAGUGUUAAAGUGUGGUCUGACUGGAUGGUGUGUCAUUCUGCCUUGUGGAACCCUCCUCCAAACCAGAAGGAUCCAACUCUGGGUCCAGAGAUAGAUGUAUGGCAGUCCUUGGCAGAGUUGUGUAACAUUCUCAAUAAUCUUGAUAUCUCCCAUAUCAGCUUAUACAGGGAGAAAAUGGAAGAGCUUGAACCAGUUAUCUUGGAAGAAGAUGUAAUGCUAGCUGGUUUUGUGCCUUUGUUGAGUCUCCCUGAUGACAGGGCAUAUGUGCACAAAGAUGAAGACAGGGAAUCUGCAAAGGACUGCUGUAGAAUAGAGAAACUGAAGCUGUUUGGUGAAUAUCUCUGUGGUAUAGAGCCUCCCAUGUUGAUGUAUGAUGUGCAGACAAAGAAGUACAAGUCUGUGGCACCGAAACUCAUUUGUGAAAAUAAACAAGAUAAAGAACAGGAAAAUUUAUCGGAGGAUGAUGAUGUAAUUGUUGAGAGUGAAGAGGAGGAAGAGGUUUGCAGUGAUGAUGAGGAGCAUGUGAAGCAGCUCAAACAAAAGAAGUCGGAACUUAAAAAGAAAAUGGAACAACAGCAGAAGCAGGAAGAAAACAUUCAGUUUCAUUGGCCUAAGACAUCCUGGCCUAUCUGGUAUAUGAAAGCUCAACAUCUUGCUCCAAAAAAUGGAAGGCCAUACAAUCAAUUAGCAAUCUUGGCUCUUUACACAAGAAGAAAACUAGAUGCGGUAUACUACUACAUGAGGAGCCUGGCAGCCAGCAAUCCCUUCCUCACUGCGAGAGAAAGUCUCAUGUCUCUUUUUGAUGAGGCAAGAAAAAAGGCAGAAGUUACUGAAAAGAAAAAGCAAGCAGAGAAGGAAAGGCUGCAGAGGAAGAGACAGCGAGAGAGGCUGCAUAAUCAGGAGGAGGGUCACAGGGUUGAGAUCUGGAUUGCUCCGGAUGGGACCAGUUCUGAGGACAUGAUAGAUGAUGAGGCUGACAAUCUUCACCAGCUGUCUGCCAUUGAGUUGAACAAACGAUUCUCUCUGAGUUUCUUAAUUUGCCAUGGAAAGUUAUUUACUAAAAUUGGCAUGGAGACAUUUCCAGAAGCAGCAUCUCAAAUGCUGCAGGAGUUUGAGGUGUUAUUGCAGCACAGCCCUGUACCAGUGGGAGACAGCAGACUUCUACAGCUUAUUGUGAUCAACAUGUUUGCUGUAGACAGCACUUCACUCAAAUCCACAACAGUUGAAAAUGAGUGCAGGUCGCUGUUACAGGAACAAGCCAUCCAGCUUGGCUUGGACAUGUUUGGACUGCUGUUGGAGAGGUGUGUCCAGCUGUAUAGGGAUCACCUUUCAGAGUCCACAAGCUCAGAAGAUCUCAUGAAUGAAGACUUGCACCAUUUGCUGCCCAGUGUUAAAGUGUGGUCUGACUGGAUGGUGUGUCACUCUGCCUUGUGGAACCCUCCUCCAAACCAGAAGGAUCCAACUCUGGGUCCAGAGAUAGAUGUAUGGCAGUCCUUGGCAGAGUUGUGUAACAUUCUCAAUAAUCUUGAUAUCUCCCAUAUCAGCUUAUACAGGGAGAAAAUGGAAGAGCUUGAACCAGUUAUCUUGGAAGAGGAUGUGAUGCUAGCUGGUUUUGUGCCUUUGUUGAGUCUCCCUGAUGACAGGGCAUAUGUGCACAAAGAUGAAGACAGGGAAUCUGCAAAGGACUGCUGUAGAAUAGAGAAACUGAAGCUGUUUGGUGAAUAUCUCUGUGGUAUAGAGCCUCCCAUGUUGAUGUAUGAUGUGCAGACAAAGAAGUACAAGUCUGUGGCACCGAAACUCAUUUGUGAAAAUAAACAAGAUAAAGAACAGGAAAAUUUAUCGGAGGAUGAUGAUGUAAUUGUUGAGAGUGAAGAGGAGGAAGAGGUUUGCAGUGAUGAUGAGGAGCAUGUGAAGCAGCUCAAACAAAAGAAGUCGGAACUUAAAAAGAAAAUGGAACAACAGCAGAAGCAGGAAGAAAACAUUCAGGCUAUUUUUGAGAAAGAAAGUCGUUCAAUUGAACUUGAGGUGCGGCCUCUUUUCCUUAUCCCAGACACCAACUGUUUUAUUGAUCAUCUGAAGACCAUUAAGACCAUAUUAGAAGGAAAGAAGUACACCAUAGUUGUGCCCUUAGUUGUAAUGAAUGAAUUAGAUGGCCUGUCCAAAGGAGAUAAAUCCAGUGCAUUUGAGAGUGUUGACCAUGCAGGUUCUUUAGAGUCCUGUGCCAAGGGAGCUGUAGCCUACCUCGAGGAAGAGUUUGAGAACAGAAAUUCACAUCUUAAAGCUCUCACUUCCAAAGGAACUGUGAUGGAAACAAUAUCAUAUCGUAGUGAAGAGACAUCUCAUAUUGGCAACAAUGAUGACCUUAUUCUUUCUUGUUGUCUGCAUUAUUGCCAGGAUAAAGCCAGAGAUUUUAUGCCCAGGGAGAGAAAUACACCAGUGCGUCUUUACAGAGAAGUUGUCCUCUUAACUGAUGAUAGAAACCUGAGACUUAAAGCACACACAAGGAAUGUUCCUGUUAAGGAUGUGGUUUCCUUUGCCAAGUGGGCAAGAAUUACCUGAAGUCCUUUACAAGACCUCAAAAGGAAAUCAUUGGGAUAUACCAGAGAUGUGUUCACCUUCCUCUGCUUUGGCUUUGGAGUUUGUUGCCUCAGCAACAUGGAAGAGAAACAGAACAGGCUUGCAUAGGUCGGGUUGACCUGCCAUUUGUGGAAUGGCCAUGGUUUUUGCCACAGAUUGUGCAUCUUUUCAAACUGUCAGGGAUUGUAUCCAAUACACCUCAAGUUUAUUGAAUUUUUUCCUCUUAGGCUACCUUUCAUGUGUUGUUCUUUCUUUCAACCUGCACUUAAAAAAAUUUUGAUAUGGCAUCGUAUUUAUAUGAGAUAUUUCCUUACAAUUUAGUUAUUUGAAGGAGAUAAAUUGGAAUGUUUUGAAGGGAAGCUAAUCAGUAUCCUAAAGUUAUGAUACACAGUCUAUUUUGAAGCUAUACAUUUCUGUGCUUGUUAUGAAGCUCCCUAUGUUAGAUAACUUUCUAACUAAAAUUAGGACAAAAGUUUUAAUGGCCUCAGUUGAUGUUUAAGUACACUGCUCUAGUGGCAGUCUAAUUUCACAACAGAAUAUUUAUGAAAAUCUAUGCUAAUGUAUUUUAUCCAGAGAUCUCAAUAUUUUCCACACUUUGGGCAUAUAUCAUCAGUAUGUAGACAAUCAAGGUAACUGAAAUUGCUUUUAGUUUUAAAAUUUUAUUUAACCAGUUUGCUUCCUCUACAUUAUGGUAUUAUCCAUUUGUUGAGUUUUGAAUUAAUUGCUUAUUGAAGCUUAUUAUUGUUAGUUUUAUAUUGUCAUUCUGGGAAAGGAUUCACUUCUUGUUUAAGUUUGUACUUAUUUCAAUAUUGUGACAAAUGGGUUGUUUUUUAUGGUUUAUUUAAUUUUAAAUAAAGCAGGCAUUUCUAACAAAUAGCAAAAACAUAAUAUUUGUUUUAUUUGAAAAUUUAAUAUAACAUUACGACUUCAA